UGCGCAGGCGCAGGGCAGGAGGCGGGUGGGCGGAGCAGGCCGCGAUGAGUGGCGGAGGGACGGAGACCUCUGCGGGUGGUGAGGCCGCCCCGGGCGGCGGCGACAAGAAGAGGGAGUCGCUGGGGACGGCGGGCUCGCCCGCGCAUCUCAUUAUCAAGGACCUUGGAGAAAUUCAUUCAAGGCUUUUAGAUCACAGACCAGUUAUUCAAGGUGAAACCCGUUAUUUUGUGAAAGAAUUUGAAUGCAAGCAGCUUCUGACUCAGUCUGUAGACUCCAACAGAGGGAGCAGGAACGAAAGAAGUGAUUUAAAAAUAUUUAAAAACGGCUAAUUCAUUGAAGAUAUGUUGAGGUAUGAGCACAUGAUUGCACCAUGCAUAUUUUUAUAAGUCAAAUUGCAGACCUUUUUUUUUUCUUUUUCAACACUUCCAUCUUUUCCCUGAAAGUAGUGUUCAUCUGAUGGAGAACAAAGAGUAAGACUUUCAUAUGGAACAAAAAAUACCCACCAGAUUGGAAAUACACAUUUUUUCUUUGAGCCUGAAACAUUGAUGAGCAUGUUAUAUAUAUUUCUUCUAGAAAAGGAACCAUUCAUGCCUGUGAAUAGGUUAUUUAAUGAAAAGUCCUAUGAGUAUGUGAAUCACUUGCUGGGUAGUGCUUUGCUUAUUGAAAAUAUAUCUUAAGUAAAUUCAGAUGUGGACAAAUAGCACAAAAAUUUAAGUUCCUGUGAUAAUUUGCUCUUUUCACUUAUAAUUUCCAAAAAAUAUAUUUAUAACUUAUUCAUUGUUCUAAACUAAUAAAGAUAUAUUUUUAAAGAAAUGUUGAAAAUACGAAAUCACUCUGAAUGGAAUGCCUUUUCUGUAUCAACAAGUGUUGCUAUCUCCAUUUCUCUGGAAUGUGUUGUGGUUAAUCUACAAUAAUAGUUCAGAUCUGCACUAUAUAAAAAUACAGUGGAAUAAAUAAAGCUUGCCAGAGUUUGAGUUUCUACCCCCUCAGUUCAACUGUAAAUAUUGAUACAGAGUUUUUAAAUGCAACAAUUUGAUGAAUUAGGCCUUCCUGAAAGGACUCAACAUUUCAGGCAGGUGGGAAAACUGCCCAAGAGGAGGAGGGUCCUAGCAGGCUGGGUCAGAGAGCAGAGCCACUGAGCAUGUUGAUAAAAUGGCAAGGUACAGCCGUGGCCAGGAAAAUUUGUCUGGGUGUAGUACUUGGAUAGUGUCCACAGAGCACUUAUGCAGGCACGAGAGCUUAACGUGGGCAGUGCCAGACUGGAGAGCAGAUAUUGUGAGGUGCCACUGGGGAGGAAAGAUUUUGGUUUAAGUUUAAGGCUGUUCAUACACUCAGGAACUAAUGGUCCAGAAGAGGAUUCCCAAACCACUAAUGCUAGUAUGAUGUAGGAUAAAGUAACAGCUGUUGGUCAGGUUACAAAGAACUUCAUAGGAUCUUGGCAAAGGGGUAGUAAUAAUGUGUGAGGAAAAAUGGUGGCAUUCCAGCCCAAUCUUGGUCAGUGAGUAGGAAUUCAUUUAGUGUAGGGUGAGGGAUACAGUGUAAGCAAAGACAAAAGAUAUGAGAAGUCAGUAGUCUCACAUAGCUGUAUGUGAGUAUCUAAAUGGAUAUUUCUAGAGAUGAUUGUGGAGAAUCUUCAGUGCUACAUUAAACAAUUUGUUGAGGGCACAAGGAGCAUUUCUGGUUUUGAGAAACAGAAACACUCUGAUAGAACACUGGCUGCACUGGCUUUUACUCACUGUAAAUAAGCAAUUCUCUAUAUUUUCAAAAUAAAAAUGAACAGUGUUCUGUGUAGCAUGUUACUGUGUGAUUUAAGCAGAUUCAUGUGAAUAUGCACUCAUACAUUGUUGAUCUUUCUUCCUAAGACAUUGUCAGAGCAGUUAUGAUUGUGAUAAAAUGUCAAUUCUUGUCAUUCUUGAGCAGAACUAACCUAAAAUUAAAUUAUAUUUGGAAUAGUUCCUCUUGUCAUUUGGAACUUUUUCACAUUUGGUAUCUUAACUGUAUAUAAGUAUGAAAAUGACCAGCUUAGAUGAAAAAAUAUCUAGAGUCUUCUACUUCUGGUAGUUCCUUUUGUUGGCUAGCUGUAUGCCCUUACAUAAAUCCCCUUGAGCUUUAAGCUCCUCAUUUGCAAAAUAAAUACCAUUUCUACUUACCAGAUAAGUUUUAUUAUAUAAUCUAUGUGAAACAGCUUUGCAAAUUGUAUAUGGCUCCAGAUGGAAGGCACAAUUUUUCUCCUCCCAGAUCGAUUUAAGAUGCAGGCAGUCACUCUAUGGAUAAGAGCCCUGCUGUUGUGUCUCUUAGAAUUGGUGAAUCACUUGAGAAUCCCACCCAUUCACAGUUUCAUAAAUUAAAAGGUACUAAAAUACUGUACCACGGUUUGAAUAAAAACGGCCUCAGGAAAUAAAGUUCUUAGAUUAUGUUAGUCUUAAAUAUAUUAUAGGUAUUAUGUCAGAGAAUAUUACUAAACUUUUGAAUGUGGAAUAUACAUUAAAAAUUAGUAUUUUAGAAUGUACUAAAGUGUGUUUCACUUAGAAUUAGUAUGGCAUUUAUGAAACCU